AAUUCAAUUUCCAAAGCCAUUAUGUUGUUCAUAUAAAGCUCUAAUAAACAACAGUACCAACACACUAGCAUACGAAUCAAUCAAUCCCCUUUUACUUUCCUAAUCUGCAUCGACGAAAAUCGAUUUUUCUUUUCUUUCUUCCCUCUUCACACAAGCGACACUGGAGUUGAAGACAGAAGAGAGAGAAGCAAGGAAGGCCAAGUCGGUUGAUGAUGAUGAUGAUGAUGAUGAUGAGAAGGUGAAGGAAAAGUAUUAGACAAGAUGACAAAGGGAGUUGAAGACAGAAGAGAGAGAAGCAAGGAAGGCCAAGUCGGGUUGCUUUGACCUUCAAAGCCAUUGAUUCACCUAGCUUUGAGUGGGGAUCCAGGUUACGAAACCAAGGUGGUUGUGAGGAUAUGUCUUGCUGAUGGUAUUGACAUGUUCCUAGCAUUGUUGGUGAUGGAUGGUUCUUGCAUGAUAGAUCAAUUGUAUGGGAAUUCAUUGGAACCCUCUUGAUGUUCAGGUAUUGAAACCUGGCUGGAAUCAUUAUCACCACUACAUCAACAAGAGGGUUGGCUAUUGCUCACGCAAAUCUCUUGCACAAUCCAUAUACCUACGCAUAUAUCUGUGACUGUAGUCUCUUGUAUCAAAUUCUUUUAUCAGGUGGCCCCUCUGUCCGGUUCCUUGUAACAAAUUAAGCUAGCUAGCUAUGGAGUCGGGAUCUAUCUGGGUGGUCCUAGCAGUCAUAUUUGGUGGAUUAGGGGUUGGGAAAUGGAUUCUAAAGAAAGUGAAUUGGUGGUUGUAUGAAGCCCAACUGGGUGAAAAGCAGUACUCACUACCUCCAGGGGAUUUGGGCUGGCCUUUCAUUGGCAAUAUGUGGUCCUUUCUCAGAGCUUUCAAAUCCAGCGAUCCUGAUUCUUUCAUGCGCACCUUCAUCAACAAAUAUGGAGAUAAUGGAAUCUACAAGGCCUUCAUGUUUGGGAACCCGAGUGUAUUCGUAACAACACCUGAAGCAUGCAGAAGAGUAUUAAGUAACGAUGAUGCAUUUAAGCCUGGAUGGCCAAUUUCCACACUGAAGCUUAUCGGAAGGAAAUCCUUCAUUGAUAUUUCUUACGAAGAGCACAAGCGCCUUCGCCGUCUGACGUCCGCUCCUGUCAAUGGUCAUGAAGCGUUGUCCGUUUACAUUCCAUAUAUAGAAGAAAAUGUGAUAGCUAUGUUGGAAAAAUGGACCACAAUGGGGAAGAUCGAGUUCUUGACUCAAGUGAGAAAACUUACCUUCAAAAUAAUCAUGUAUAUAUUUCUUAGCUCUGAGAGUGAGGUGGUCAUGGAGGCUUUGGAGAAGGAUUACACCACUCUUAAUUAUGGAGUCAGAGCCAUGGCGAUCAAUCUUCCUGGAUUCGCUUACUAUAAAGCAUUGAAGGCCCGCAAAAGACUUGUCGCUAUAUUCCAAUCUAUAGUGGAUGAGCGUAGAAAUUUAAGGAAGAACAGUGCUCGUAACGCAAAGAAGAAAGACAUGAUGGACUCUCUGUUGGGUGUUGAAGAUGAAAAUGGUAGGAAAUUGACUGAUGAAGAAAUCAUAGAUGUAAUUUUGAUGUACUUGAAUGCAGGCCAUGAAUCCUCUGGCCAUAUCACGACAUGGGCUACUAUUUUUCUCCAGGAACAUCCAGAAUUUCUCCAAAAAGCUAAGGAAGAGCAAGAACAGAUUGUAAAAAGGAGGCCACCAGCACAAAAUGGAUUGUCACUUAAGGAAGUUCGAGAAAUGGAUUAUCUUUCCAAGGUGAUUGAUGAAACACUUCGUUUGAUCACAUUCUCGCUUACUGUUUUCCGAGAAGCAAAAACAGAUUUCAGUAUAAACGGAUACAUCAUUCCAAAGGGUUGGAAAGUUCUGGUUUGGUUCAGGACAGUUCAUUUGGAUCCAGAAAUCUAUCAAAAUCCAAAGGAAUUUAAUCCUUCUAGAUGGGAUAAUUACACCCCCAAAGCAGGGACUUUCCUUCCUUUUGGAGCUGGAAGCAGGCUGUGCCCUGGAAAUGAUCUUGCCAAGCUUGAAAUAUCUAUUUUUCUGCAUUAUUUUCUUCUUGAUUAUAUGCUCGAACGUGAAAAUCCUGAAUGUCGUUGGAUGUUCCUCCCUCAUACCAGACCAACAGACAACUGUGUGGCUAGAAUCAAGAAAGUUUCAUCCACAUCUGUAUAAGAAGCAAGAGAAAGGGCAUGCAUUUAGAGGUGCUUUGAGAAAAUAAUAAUAAACUUUUAGAAUUUUGGUUCAUUAGCUGGAUAAGCCUUUUUUGUGCUCCUCCAUUCCAUACAUAUAUAUCAAGAAAGUUUCCCCUGUA